AUGGGAAAUGUACACUAUUUAAAUAAACCCGAUAGACUAAGAACAUUGAGUGCCAAGAUUAAGAAAAUACUAAACAAAGCAUAAGAUCAAUUUCAAGAGAGACAUUCAAAUAUUCAGCAAGGUUACAUCACAGAUUUAAGAUAAUAUUGUAGGAUUGUGACUGCUUGUGAAGAACAAUUGAUUCUAAACUUGAGUGAUCUCGACUUAGAGUUUAUUGGUGAUCUUAUAAAAAACCUGUCAGGAUUUCAUCUAUUAUUGAUCUCAAAUCUCCUAAAUUGGAUUCAACAAUUUGAAUUACUAUUGACUCCUCAUUCAGGCAAUCUGCCUUUCGAACAUCUCCUUGAAUAAAGUCGAAAACAUAAGAGUAGAUUCAAUACAAUCAAUGAAAGUGAUGCAGCUAAACACAUCAAUGAAUUGCAUGAAUCUAUUCAAUCUCUUGCAUAAAACAACAAGCAAAUCAUUGACAGCCACAACACCGACAUCGAAAAUCCAAAUUCCGUUGAUAUUAUUGAUUCAGUGACUCAAUAACUUCGUGACAACAUUAGAAGUAACUCAAAAUCCAAUUCCAAAAUCAUAUUAAAAAAACUAUUAUCUAACCAAAAGAACAAAAACAAUCUCAUUGAUCAAGAACAACAAACCACAUUGAAGUAUUAGGAGGUUGAUUACAUAGAAUAACAAAAUCAAGAAUUAAGAGUACUUUUUGAUAGAACCAUCAGAUAGUACGAGGAUAAAUUAAAACAAUCUAUCAUUAAAUACAAAGAAGUUAAAUUGAUUCUCAAAGCUUAAAAGGUUGAACUUGAACAUCAAUCUACUCUAUUGGAGGCAUAAAAUGAAUUAUUCAAAUAAAAUCAAGCCUAAAAGCCAUAAUAAACUCUCACACAUUUUAUACAAGUCCCAACUAUUGCUGAUAGAAAUAAAAGAUCGUUGGUUGACAAACAAUAGAAAUUGAUAUUUACAAACAUGAAAUUAAGAUCAUCAUCUCUACCCAGGAUAGAUGGACUGGAUGAAUCCAUUAUGAGAAACUCUUUUACAAAAAUUAGUGUGUAACUAUCUAAGAAUCUAAUUCCAACUUAGGAUGUGAUUGAAAAUUUCAAGAAAUAUUAAUAAUCACACGAGUUUAAGGAAAAAAUUAGUAAGGUUUGUACUUAAGUUCAAGUGAAGGUACCAGUAGAGGACUUAUAGAAUGAGUCUAUUUCUAUUGAAAGUAGAGUGAUGAUAUUCUCAAAGCUUUGUUAAGUUCUCAAAGAAAAGCACUAAUUGUGUUUUCCUUAAUGUGAUCAUCUUAAUUUUUUAAAUUGA